AUGGAGCACAUGAUGCAUCUUGACCAGCACCAGCAAUGUGGCGACCAACGAGACGCCACAAUGGCUACUGCUGGCACGCGCAGCAGCGCUAGUGCCAGUGUCUCGCAGGUCGCCUUCGUGCUCAUCGCAGUUGCUUUCAUCUCCCUCUUCUCGUCCUCCUUCUUGGGCGGCGCCGCCGCUGCCGGGGCUUCUUCUUCCUCUCUCCCUUCCGGCGCCGCCCUAUCUGCUCGCCUUGCGGCCUUGUGCGGCUUUGUCACCACCAAGAAGGCGCUCUUCGUCCUUUCCAACGCCAUCUUCCUCUUCCUCGCCGCCGACUGCCGCUGCUUCUUCCCUGGUGUCUCCAGCAUGGCCACCCCAUCCACGAAUGACGACGAUGUCGUCACGGCUUCCAGACUGCCGCCAUGUGCCGUUGAAGCUCGACCAUGUUCUUCUUAUUCAGGGAACCUUUACUACUGCUAUAGCAACACCGAAGGUGUAUCAGCGAAUUGUUCGGGACAGCAAGGGAAACGAGCAGAGGUGCCGGAGUCGGCUGGGCUCCACGGAGGAGAAGCGAAUGUCACCUUGGAGACGGUUGUCAUCGUGGAGGAGCCAACCCGCGGUGGAGAAGCUCAUGAGGAGGAGCUAGAGAAGCUAGAGAUGGACGAGCUCAACAGGAAGUUUGAGGACUUCAUCCAAAGCAGAAGGGUUAAAUGGCUCAGGGAGGAGGAGCAAGUAUUGCAAUGCCAACAGCAACAGGUGGUCUGA